AUGGAGUACCCUAGUUAUUUGGCGUUGUACUAUUAUCUCAAGAAUGGAAGGUAUCCUAGAGAUUCAAGCGAGUCAGUCAAACGUCGUAUACGUAAGCAAGCUGCCAAAUAUGAGGCAUAUGGAGGGAAGGUUUACCGCAAGACUGAGGUUGAAGAUGAGCUGGGUCCGGAAUUGCUGCAUGAAGGAAGAGUCGAUGAGGUGAUCAAGGCUGUGCAUGAAGAAGGACACUUUGGCGUAAGAAACACGUAUAGGCGUGUGUGUUUGCAAUACGAAGCACCGAAUUUGAAGGAUCGUGUGGAGCGAUACGUGAAGGCCUGCCAUACAUGUCAGAUUCGAAAACGCUUACCAAGGAAAAGAAAUGCACCCGCAAGACCCAUACCUAUUCGUUCGGAUCCAUUCUAUAUGGUAGGAUGUGAUGCCGUUGGACCCACUUUGAACCCAUCACCCUCUGGAAAUCGAUACAUCCUGGUGGCUGUUGACUAUUUGACCAAGUGGCCUAUGGCUCGUGCUGUAGCCAGGAUUGAUGAAGAAACCACUGCCAAGUUCCUGUUUGAAGAAGUAGUUGAGCGUUACGGUGUUCCCAAUUAUCUUUUGACUGAUCGUGGAUCCAACUUUACUUCAAGAUAUGUACACAACUUCCUCAAGAACUUGGGCUGCCGCCAUUUGACUACCACCUCCUAUAGACGUCAAACGAAUGGAUGUUGUGAAAGACUCAAUCAGACCUUGGUGAACACUAUUGCUAAGUUAGCACAAGAUGAAGACAAGCUUGACCGUUGGGAUGAAUUUGUUGGACCUGCCCUCAUGGCUAUACGUACGAUGCCUAGUGAUGCAACAGGGUACACUCCAGCUUAUUUAUUGUAUGGGCGUGAAAUGCGAACACCAGCUACUUGGCCACCACCACGUCAAGACUUUGUCCUUGGAGAAGAAUACUUGUACAUUGCUGAGCGAGCCGAGCACAUAAAGCGAGCAUUGGAGACGAUUCGUGAAGACGCAAGGAACAAGGCUGAAAUGGAAAAGCAAAGAAACAAGAAGCGAUAUGACCAGACCGUUUUGGAUCGUGAGAAAUUUGCCGUUGGAGAGCAAGUCUUGAUGAAGGAUCAAACCCCGCCCUCCAAAUUUCAUGCAAGAUGGCUAGGACCUCUCACGGUGACUGGAAUAACUGAUUAUGGCGUUUAUUACUUGACUGGACCUGGAGGCAGAAAGAUUCGUGGUGCUGUUAACGGUGACAUGUUGAUCCCUUAUCGCCAUCACAAACGUCUCAUUCCAGACAUACAAGUACGAAGGGCUGAACAUCAAUUUCAAGCAUGGUUGGAACGUCAAGAGUAUUGA